AUGACGGCACAGAAACGGGGUUCAACCCAGCAGGCGGCCAAACUCAAUAGACAGUACAAAUCCCGAAAACAACGGCCAUGUGAUUUCUGCCGCAAGCGGAAGGUUUGUUGUAUUAUCAACGGAUCACUUCCUUGUGUUCGGUGUGAGAAAUUAAACGGCGGAAAUUGCACAUUUAACGAUGGACCCAUCAAGAAACAGAGACGAAAUGCACCACCAAAAGAGUAUCCCGCUGCGCUAACUGCUCCCUACAUCAAACAACACGACUACGAGUUUUCGCCACUGGCUUCCUCGUCACAGGCUUCCAGUUCAAGCAACCUAUACCAGCCAGAAGCUCAAGUAAACCACUGUCCUCCUCGACCAUAUAUUCCUAUUCCCCCACAAAUGCGUACUUUUGUGGUGGGGGACAGACAGCCGGUGGAUGGAUGUAAGCCAAUCGGAUGGCCACUGCAGGAGUUUCUGGGGUGGUUUCCGCUUUUACCGGCGGAAUUACGAACGCCACAAAGCGUGACAGGUGGGGUUCUGCAAAAUAAUGAUGGAAAUUUGGAACAAAGAACCCACAAUCAACAGGGAUACUCCAUAGGCGACGUGGACGGGAUGGGGGAGGAUUUGCACGAAUAUAUCCUCAAAAUGAUGUGA